AUGCAGUACUGGUUGGGAGUGGGGUUUUUUCCAUUUCUAUUAUUGUUUUUCUUUUCCAUUAGUGUUUCACGAUACCAUUUGUGUUUUACGAUACCAUUAGUGUUUCACGAUACCAUUAGUUUCUUACGAUACCAUAAGUGUAUUUUGUUUGUUUCAUUACAGCAUUGGGGAGAGAAACAAACUAUUAAACUUCAAAUGGUGGAUUCAAAAGCCGAAGAAGAAAAGGCCAAGCCAAAGAAGACCAAGUCGAGAACCGGAUGUGUUACUUGUAAAAGGAGAAGGUUAAAAUGCGACGAGGCCAAACCGUACUGUCAGAACUGUAUUAAGCGAGGAAUAGUCUGUGGUGGAUAUGCGGUGAAUUUUAAAUGGAGAGAGUUUUCUGAAUCUUGUGGAACUUUAAAAAAGAGUAAAAAGACUACUGAGGUGAAGACAAUAGAUGGAGUCAGAGAAGAGCAAAACAGUGAAUCACAUCAUACGGAAACUACCAAUUUACAGAAGGCACUGGAAGAUGCAACGUUUUCAGUGACGGGGAAGUCAGCACAAGAAAUUGCAAUUGCUAACGUCCUCAUCUCCAAGGGGAAAAACCCCCAUUUGGCCUCCGAAAUCGCUAACGCAAUCAGUGGGAUAUCCGAUUUCAGUGAUAUCGACUCUUUAACUCAAAUACACUUGAAAUCUCUUGAAGAGGCCAACAGGAAACACCAUAAAGUCCAAGAUAAAUCCAUUCCUCAAGCUGCCGAGAUUGUUAGCAUCCCCAGAACACAAGAUUCCCAAAGUGCCGAUGGAAAUGGCAAUAACACUAGGUCUCUUAGUACUCCCACAAUCGGUUCUCCAUUGGGUGAUGAUCCACCGAAACCUCUUUCAACAUCUAAAACAUCAAUAUCUUCCAUAUUGACUAAGGAUUCGCCAAUAAAUCUUUUUAAAGAUGUACCAUCUCCGCAACAAUAUCCGAGGUCCCCAAAUAUUACUGGUAUGUUUUUGCCAUACCAGCAAAGUAUAGGCGAACAGCACCAGAUCUUUACCUCAUUGUCUAAUGUAAAUACACCCAAAUUCCUUGAAGACAUGGACCCUGGCCAAUAUAUGAAGUUUUCACCAUUAAAUUUGGAAACUUUUGCAGAAAUGUCCCCCAGAUACAUUGUUCGAUCUGGGAACCCACUACAUUCGUUAUCACCAUCUUUUAGCGGUGAACUGAACAUGAAACAUACCGACUCGUCUACUUCAACAAUUUCUCAGGCCCAAACAGCCCCUCUCACUCUUUUGGACUCAGCAUCCCCAGUGUUUACAGGCGAAACUCCCAAGUUUUCUAACUUCUCAAAUCCUGGUUCUCCCUUUUUCCCACAGUUGCUAAACCUUCCUAAUAGUGUUGAACAAACCGAAGAGGAUAAAACCGAAGAUAAAGUUUUGAGGGAAGUUAAUGACAGGACAGAACAAUGCUACCAGUUGGCUCACUACACAUCUCCCGGGUCUGAUAUUGCUGGAACACCCAAUAACCAGACUAUGUUCCCGCAUUUAAGCGGUCAAAACAUACGAUCAUUGCACAUAGCAGAUGAACACCUAACAACGUUACUUGCGUUUGACCAGCACACAUGUGGUAUAAUGUCUAUCAAAAAUGGACCUACAGAAAACCCAUGGAGAACAUACCUUUUGCCAAUGUCCCAGAGUCAUCCAGUUGUGAGAAAUGCGUUACUUGCGAUGACAUCGUUUCACAUCGCAAGAGGCGAUUCAAAUAUAAGAGCACGCGGAAUGAAGUAUAUGAAAGAGGCCAUUGUUUCUUUAGUCCAUGGGUUAAGCUCGGACAAUAAAGACGUAACAGAUAAAACACCACCCGAUGUGGCUCUUGCUACAUGCAUAGCAUUGGCGAUGGGAGAAGCUUGGGACAGACAAACAACCACUGGUAUUGCGCAUUUGAAAGGUGCAAAGAGUAUGAUUGCAAAAGUGUUAGAUAAGUUUGAAGUUAAAAGACCGAGUCGUAAGAGAGCAUUGAGUAUAGGUAGUUCUUCCAGUCAGUAUUUAGAGGAAAUGGAUUCAACUAAAGAUUUGUUACCACAUUCGAAAAGGAAAAUGUCACGUGAGCUACAAUUUUUAGUUAAUGCUUGGAUUUACUUUGAUGUAUUGGCUAGAAUGUCUAGUGGUGAGGAGUAUUAUAACGAUGAAGAAGUGCUGUUUGAAGAGAUCAGAUCAACUUCACCGGAAAGCGAAAAAAACAUUGACAGCCCAAACCUUACUAUGAAGCGGUCAAAAAGCGGCAGUUUUUCAUCAAUCAAACGAAUGAAGUUGGAAAGAAAACAGAAAAACAAACCAGACAGUGCUCAAAUAAUCAAAAAAUACAGGAGCUUAAAUCUAGAAGAGGGUGAUUUAAUUGACCCCUUGCUAGGUGUAGCCCAAACACUAUUCCCAAUAAUCGAUGAAGUUGCAACCUUGAUUGGUCAAGUUCGUAGCUAUAAGUCUCAAGCGGGAGCAUCACCAACUGAUAAAUCUUGUAAAAAUUGCAACCCAAUCAAAACACCGCUUCGAAUGAUAUCACAUACCGUUGAGUUGAAGUCAGCAAUUGAGCAUUGGAAAAUACCCCAGAUACCACAUUCCGGAUCCUUUUAUAGUGAAGACCCAAACUUUGAUUUGAAUGCUGCCGUGGCAACUGCAGAGGCAUACAGAUACGCAACUCUUUUAUAUUUACACCAAACAGUUCCUGAAGUGCCUAGUCCUACCUCACACAGUUUAGCCGAAAAUGUAAUGAUGUUAUUGGCUAGUAUUCCAAGUUCAUCUAGAACUUUGGUUACACACAUGUUCCCCCUUUUUGUUGCAUCAUGUGAAGCAAAGGUAGGCGAGGAGAGAGAGUGGGCCACCGAGAGGUGGAACGAAUUGACUGAGAAGAUGUGGCUAGGUACAAUAAAUCGUGCAUGGGAAGUAGUUAAGGAAGUGUGGGCCAGAAAAGAUUCGUUGAAAGAGAAAAAACGAAACAAAUUCGUCGAAUCAGACUCAAACGACCAGGAAGAGAGCAGUCAAGAGUAUAAUAAGGUUAAAAGAAGAAUAAGCGUUGCUAUACAUGGCGAUGAUGAAUCUCAUGACGACGACAUUGAAAGUUUUGUAGGAAGUUGGUCUCACUGGACCACUGUAAUGAAAGAAUGGGGAUGGGAGAUUUUGCUGGCCUGA